AUGCCACCUUCAAAGAACAAGAGUGGCAGCAAGAAGUCGAAGGACGCUGGCGAUGACGACAGUGGAAGUAGCAGCAAACAGAAAGGUGCACAAUCUAUCAACGUUCGGCAUAUCCUGUGCGAGAAACAUGCGAAGAAGGAAGAGGCUCUUGCCAAAAUCAGGGACGGCACUAAAUUCGACGAUGUAGCACGUGAGUUUUCUGAGGACAAGGCACGACAAGGUGGGUCUUUGGGCUGGAAGACUCGAGGAGCUCUACAUGGGGAUUUUGAGAAGGUGGCAUAUGAUCUUGAGCCAAGCACCGUCAACAACCCCAAGAUAGGAGAAGUCAAAACAAAUUUUGGGUAUGUAAAACGAACGACUCCUUCGCUAUGCUCUGUGCUAGAACACCGCACGCUGACGCUGUAA